AUUUUUCCCACCAUUCUUUUUAUACUAAUGUCGGAACCAACACAAAAGGAAAUCUCCAUUCCAUGGCCCGGCAAAAGUGCCAUUGCUGUCACUCUAACAGUACCACCAAAGACAGUCAAGCCAUCGGGGUAUGGUCUUAUUCUCGGACCAGGUGCAGGGGGCGAUGAAAAGGCGCCGCUACUGACAGCAGUUGCGAGCGAAAUUGCGAAGCAGGGGCAUUAUUGUGCACGAUACCGUGCAAAGGUCCCCAACUUGGGGUUUCGUGUGUCGCUUUGCACACGAGUCAUGGAACAUUUAUUUCAUCCAACGUCAGGAUUAUACCCUAUGAAAGGCUGUUUUCUUGGAGGACACAGCAUGGGAACUAGAGUCGCUGGAACUAUUGCAGCACAAUUGGCUACAAGUAAAGAAGAUGUCUCUGUUACUCCCAAAUCCCCUAAAAAGGCAAAGACCAAGAACAAGGCCAAAACUAAGCCAACGACAGCAUCAACGACGACGACAGCGAAAACAGGCUCGUCAUCAGAGUCAUUGGAAUAUCCUCCCAAUUUUAUCCUAGGGCUCCUUCUUUAUUCCUAUCCUUUACACACUGCUGAGAACCCAAAAGCCCUUCGUGAUCAGAUCCUUUACGAUAUACCGCCCAUGACAGCUACUUUGUUUAUCUUAGGAUUGAAGGAUACGAUGUGUCAACCUUCAUUGUUUGCUAAAGUCUUCAAGGACAUGAAGGCGUCAAGACGAGAAGUAGUGCAAGUGGUCGAUGCAGACCAUGGAUUAGGAUUUGGGAGCUCUAUUCCGGCUAGAGGCAAAAAGGAAGCAUUGAUCGAGGCGAUUACAGAAUGGACAACGUCCUUUAUGGAUGAGACCAUUGCAGCCCUAGUCGAUGAGGGCCCUAAACAGAAAACGAUAGCAGGAAGUCGAACAGGAUCUACGAAAAAGAAGGCGGAACUCAAGAAGACGGCAAAUGAAUGGACUGUGACAACAUCAACUAUCCCAUGUAAUUAAUUGAAUACAAAAUAAAACUAAAAUAAAAUAAAAAAUCUAAAAUUAAUUGUAUUGUGACAUUGAAAAAGUUUAACGUCUAUGAAAGAUACUGCAAUGAGAGAGAGAGGGAGAGAAGGAGAGGGAGAGGGAGGGGGAUGGAUUCCUAAAAAAAAUAAUAUAGGAAUAUAGCUUUGUUUUAUAUUAUAUUCUAGUAUAAGAUCCGCAUCUGUUCAAUGGAGACCGAGCAACUGUGGUUAGCGUCGUGCCAG